AGAGCGCAGUAAUUUUUUAAUUUUAAUUUCCAAAAUAUGAGUGAUAUUUUAUCGGAAAAUCGUAAGCAGCAAUUGGAUGAAUUAGAGUCAUUCAUACAAACAACCGAUACUGAAUUAGAAAAUAUACUUUCAAAUUUGGGUUGGAAUCUCGAGAACUUGGAUACUAACCAGGCUGAAAAUGAAGUUGUAUGUCCAUUCAACCCUGGCCACCGUCUUCCCGAAAAAAGUUUGGAACAACAUCUCAUCAAUUGUCAGUGGAGAGCAGAAGGUUAUGACAAAUUCGACGUUGCACUUUCGGAAUCAACAUUGCCAUCAGUUGCUCCUUCUACGAUCAAAAUGGAUGAAGAUCUGCAGACAGAAAUAUUACUCGCCGCAAAGAAAAAAGAGCCGAAUAUGAUAUCAGGUAUUGGAGAGCGAUUGAUUCCCCGUACGUCAGACAGAAUUUUCAUCGAUUUCACUGGUGAUGAGCGAAAGGCUAUUUACGAUUAUGUCGUUGCCAACACCCAAAAAGUCGACAUUGGUCAUGAUAUUGCUGACUUAAAUCAAACAAAAUCAAAAGAAAGCCAGAAAUCGAUUUCGUAUUUGGAACUUCUGGCGCAGGAACGCAAUCUGAAAAGACGUAGAGCCAAGCACCGUGGUGUUCACACGAAUAAAAAAUCUCACGUGGAAGUAAUGCGAGAAGUGAUAGAGCAGCAAAUGGAAAUGUUUAAGGAAUAUCUCGUCGAACAAAAUCCUCAGGAUGAGAGAAAAGAAGAGCCAUUCCCAGAAAUAAUUUCGAGGGUCGACUUUUCGAAAAAUUUAAGAAUACCCGAAUUGCCUUUCGAGCGGAAAUUCGAAAACCGGAAGUACUCGUCAGAGCGGGAUGGGAAUUCUUUUCAGCGUUUCGAGAGAAACGGAAGACAUGAUCAGAGAGAAAAUAGGAGGGAGCAUCAUUCGCAUCAGAGUGAUAGGAAAGAUUAUCACAAUAAAUCCCAUAAGAGAGAUAGACACAGAUCGAGUGAGGAACGGCCAAAGAAAUAUAAAAAGAGAGAUUGUUCCAGGGAUAAAGACACUUCGAGGGAGAAGAAAAGAAAGAGAUCGAAAGAUAGGCAUCGAAAUAGGUCGAGAGAAUAUAGAGAAUCGAGGCAUAAUCGCGAUAGAAAGCGAAGUGGGAGCAAAAACAGACGUUAGUUUGUACUAUAAUUAAUAUUCGAUAAUAAUAAUUAUUAUAAUAAUAAUUAA